UGGGACAAGGAUUCGUAGUGAGAGAGAACGCGCCCUUCUCAAAAACUCGCGGCUUACGAUUUAUAUAGAUUGGCGGCGUAAACCACCUAUUUCGCACACAAGCCGUCCAGCAGUCCGACCGACAAGAUAUAAUAAAAUUAUUCGCGUUCAAAUCUCAAUAUUGUUUUUUGUUUCGAAUAUUCUCGUAAAACACACGCAGGCGUAAAAUGCCCAGUGGACGUCCCUUGUGGCAGGUAAGAAUAAUACCCAAUAUCUUAACAUCAAUUGAUUAACAAGCGGAACAUUUCAAUUUUUUUUAAACGGAUUAUUUGAAUUCGACCUCAAGAUUGAAAUUGCAACCGUGUCGUCGACACGAAGCGGCCGAUCGAGUAUAUUGUCUCAACCGUUAAUAUAAUAUUAACGAUUAAUUUAUUUCUCACGAGUAGUUUAAUUGAAUUUAAUUUAUUUAUCACUUAUUACUUUACGAACAAUGAUUUUAUUUUUAUCUAUACAUGUGUGAAAUGGUAUUUUGUUCGUCGUUGGCAAUCUCCAAAACUACUGACUUUAUCGACUUGUUGUUUUUUUUUUUUUUUUUUUUGUCAACGCCAGAGUAUAACGCGGAGCAGGCUUUAAGCCUAUUUCCGAUUCUGUAAGUUAUGAAAACUACAGAGUUAUUGAUUUUUAAAAUAAUCGGCAAAUACGAUAGUAUACAUAUUAUAUUGUAUGUAAGUGUCGGGUUGAAAUAUUUUUUCGUCCAUUUUUGUUUAGAAAUGCUUACGAGACUUUUGCCAGCGAUUGACAUUCGAAAACCUAGUGUUUCUAUUAUGUAGGACGUGUACGGAGUCGGCCGGCAAAUUUCGAAAUUUCCCAAUAAUCGUAAAAACGUAAAUUUAAUAAGACGUCGAUUCAACUACGAAACGGGAACAUCGCUAUCAAUAUUCACGUGUACAAAACUUUUUGAUAGUUUUAAAAGUGAUCCGAAUGUAUAUAUACACCAUAACGUUCACAGAUUUUUGAUUCGUCUACGUUUUUUAAAUACGGAACAAAUGAUUAACGUCGGAAACGUUGAGUAGGUCAGCAUCGUUUUUAACGGAAUCUCGAAUUAGUUUUGUUUGCUCGUAUCAUACAUUUAUAUGCGUACAGUUCGAUGCAUGCCAAUAAAAUGGGUUAUAAACGCAUUAUAUUUGUUUUAUCGAUAAACCACCGGCUAUCUAUAGCGACGUAUACGAUAAUAUAGGUUUAAAUAAUUCAAAAGCGAUUUAUUCGGCAAGAGUUUAAAAUGUCCUAUUUAUUUUUUUUAACGUAAAAAUACGGAAAAAUAUUUACUCGGUUACACUGGUAGGGAGAACGGCGAGCAUUCAUCAAACUUAAGUUUUUUUAAAUCUUUUCUUUCAACUGUUGACUAUAGUUAAUUAUUUUCAUUGCAUUAUAGCUAUAAAUAUCUAUAUACACAUAUAGUUAGGUUAGUUUAGGUUAAUAUACAUAGUUUAGUUUCUGUUGAACAUAUUCGUCAAUAUUUAUGUCUUUCGAGAGGUUUUUUCUUGAAAUUUAAAUAUUUAUUCAAUCAAUCGUCCUGCGAGGUGAAUUUGUUUUCACUCCAAAUGUUAUUAGAGACGUUUAUUUUGUUUAUUUAACUCAACACGUUUUUCGUUUCGAACGUGGAAUGUCGUAAUUUUGUUUUUUUAUUUUUUCGCCACACAAGGUCUCGGUCGCCCGUUCAUCAUUUCUCACCGACGUAAAAUCCAGUUCUGAGACACCUUUGAUAGAACUUACACGAGUCGUAUAGUGUCUGUCCGUCGCCGUACAGCCCGUCGGUUUUUUUGUGUCUGACGUUCGCGUUUUAAUCGCGAUCUAAAUAUAAGAACCGCGUAAACCUCGUAACGUUUUAAUGCAUACGUCAUUUCAAGGUGGCGAUAAAUUUAGUGGGAUAUAACUUUCGGGUUCUUUAUUGUUAUUGUUAUUCCGUCGGCAACGACCGUUUAAGACGUUUAAGUGUUUACAAAACCGUAUAUUAUAAUAUUAUCUCGCGAGCGUGGGAUUACGGACGAGUCGAGGAAACGUUUGAUUGCCGUUGCGUUGUUUAAAAAUAAUUACUCGGAUUUUCAUUAGGAGUGUAUAUACUGCAGUAUACCUACGAAGUGAAGUAUAAUGUCAAGUCGGGGCUGCGAGUUUGUAACGAAAUCGAUUUUAAUUGUAGAUUCUGAGUGUAGCGGAGAAUGCGUCGGUUUUACAAAGAUUUUUAAUUUUCUUUUUUUUUUAUAUGAACACUCUUUCUAUCAAAAAGAUUAGAUCGAUGUACACAACGUAAACCCUGAUCUGAAAGGAAAUUUUCUUGGGAUUGUACUUUAGGUACGUCAUCUUUCGAUUUUCACAGAAAAUGUGAAAAAUCGGGGAAACCAACGGGAAAACCGGUAAAAACGUAGAAAAACGGGAAAAUCGGUACAAUAUUAGACAAAUAUUAGUAAAGAAAAUAUCUAAAGCCUAUUCAAUUAUUUUACUAUAAAAUGACAUAUAUAUCAUGCGUUGUUGACAAAGCAUCACUAUCAACCGAAUUCCGCUCAGAAUCGUUUUUAGUAAGCAAUGGUUUAUCGUUGCUUCCAAAUCCAAAUUAAUUUCCCAUCUAUAUCCUACUUUUCUAACUUCUCAUCAACAACAGGGGCUGCACCCAUCGUGCGAAGUAUGUCCUUUUUUCUUUAGUCGGUCCAAAUGCAUUAAGAUUAUACUAAUAAUUACCGAAACAACAAACUUGGUUUUGAAAAUUUUAAUAUGAUUUUUAAGAAUUAUUUUUCAGUCUCCAUUUAUUUUUAUUUUUCAUACAGUUUAUUACAUGUUUUGAAUUGUAAUGCAUUUUCGGAAUUUUAAGCGAAAUUCAAACAGUUCUUGUGAAGAUUUAAUACAUGUUGGUUUUAAAUUUCAUGUGUUUUCUCGAAGGGGUUUUUAAGUGCAUUAAUUUUGUAGCUCAGAGUACCGACACCGUAUAUUAGUUUACGAUAACAUAAUUUUCGAAAUUCUUCCAUGCGCGAAAUGCGGCACACGUGCCAAUAUCAAGUAUAAUAUAAUAAUAUCGUCUGAUGCGUUUGUCUUUCAAUAUCAUCGGAUUUUUAUUUAUACGAAAUAAAUAAACCCUCGUCGUUGGCAAAUAAUCAAGUAUAUACAUGCUGUAGUGUUACGAAGGUCCCGUUUCGCGCUGUAAAGGUGGGGGUUUUAUUAAAUGUUUCUCAAAUAGAACUUGGAUCUCGGUCAAUUUUUGAUAAACAAAUCAAAUAUGAUUUAUUGUCUCGGUUACUGAAAAAAAAAAACGAGUACAUGUAAGACCAAUUAAAAAUAUCCAAUUUUAUAUUCUUAAAAAUAAAUUUUUUUUUUUUUUAAAUUUUUGAUGAAAAUCAAAUAAUGAACGUCUCAAACACGUGUCGGCCUUCGGAUUAUCAAGAAUUCCUCAUCGAUAUAGCUACUUGUAGCAUUACGAAUUCCCGGAACGAAUUCUUAAUCAAUUAGGUAACCGAAACUAGGUUAAUUUUAUACGUUUUUUUUGAAAUACUGUACAUAUAAUUUGUAAGAUUAAAUCGGUAUUCACAUAGUUAUUUUUAUUAUGAAGUCUUAUUUUAAUAUAUAUAAAAAAAAAACAAAGCCAGAAGUUUUCGGGAGUUUUGUACAUCGUCAGUACGCUCCUCGUACUAGAAACUCAUGUUUAUGGAUAGGAGGCCUGUUACAAAUAAUAAAUAAAUAAAUAAAAUAUAUAAUAAUGUUAUAGAGUAAUUCAAUUUAAAUAUUUACAAAAUUAUAAAUGAUUGCAAACGAAAUACGAUUAUGUUCAACAUGUUUUGAUAAACCCAAAUUGAAAAUUAUAUUAAUUUGUAAAAACAAAAUAAAUUAAAAUCGUCAGAAUUUUUCGUCUCAUAUUUUGGAGAAUUUUUAGAGCCGAUAAGUUGCAUCCACAUUUAUCAGAAAAUGGUACUUGAAAUCUGAGAUUUCAUAGAUUUUCAUUAAAAAUUGAAUUAAAAACACUUAUGUUCACUUAUAUAUAUAAAAAAAAAAAAUUGAAUUUGUGACUACUGAUUUUCGAUAUUUGUGUAGUUCCACAAGAACAAUUAUAUUAAUUUACUGGCAAAUUUUAUCCUCAUAAAAACAAAUCCAAAUUUUAAAAAACUUGAUAAUUUUAUAUAGCUAUAAAUUGUUCAAAAAUUUCAAAAAUAUUUUAAAAAUUGUACUAUGUCUAUUAUUCGGUGAAAAAUUCAAGCCUCAUCAGUUAUUUUUAAAGGGAUAACAACAUAAAAUAACAAAAUCCAUAAUACCGUAUUUGUUUCGCUCUUCCACGUUUUUUUCCAAUUAUUACGAAAAAGCAAGAGAAACAAUGCACCAACAAGAUAGAAUUUCCUAUCCUUAAGUACGAACACCGGAACACCGUUUGGUUUCCGUAAUAAUAUUUUGGACAAUGAAAAACAAAAAUGUGUUAUUCAAUUUACUAAUAGAUAAUGAUAAUAAUUAUUAUUAUUAUUAUAACAUGUCGUUUAACGAUACAAAAAAUGAUUAACUUAAAAAAAAAAAAAAAAAAAACAUAGUUCGAUAAUAUUAUAUUCACAUAUUUUUUUGGAUAAAUUGAGUUUUGUUCAGGUCGAUAUUAUGUAUAUUUAUUUACAAUUUUAUUUCGCAAACCAAUAUGAAUAACAUCUCGCAACAUCAAUACGAUUCGAUCGCAUCGAUCCAGUAUUACAUUCUGCACAGUAUUUACACUAAUAAGAUCGCCUUGACAUAUACUUCAUUAUCAUAUUUUACAGCCGUACUCCAUAUACGGUAUCACCCGAUAUGGAAGUAACUACAUUUAGAGACUGGCUAGCCAGAUACACUUGACUCACCUGUUUAAAAUCCAAAUUGGAGAUACGUCCGAGUCGGUAUUAUAACACUACGAUAGGUACCUAUUACACACGUUUUCAUAUCCAAACGAUAUUUUUCCACACACUAUUAUUAUUAUGUCGUUAUUGUUGUUUUGUCGAUAUUGUCUGUGGUAUACGUCAAUGAAAAAUAAUCAUAUGUACGAAACCAGAGUUAAGUCCAAUAAUUAGCUAUAUUGUCAAUAUCACUAUGACGUACACGUUUGAUGUAACAUAUACAUUUAUCAGAGGCGAACAAGUCGAUUUGCUUAUAACUUCAGUAAAUUAAAUAAAGCGAAAAAGAUAUGUCAGUUUAAAGUUUCCAAAAAACCAAUUCAACGCGUUUUAUGGGCAUAUUAAAAAAAGUGGCCAUCAUAAAAGCUGGUUUAAGGGAAAAUUUGUUACGAUUUAAAUUUGUUUUAUGACGUCAAAAGGCCGAUUUUUUUUUUCUAUAAAGUAUAUGAUUUCCUAUUUCCAGUAUCUACUCAUUUAACUUUAUUACAGUUGAGUUUAAUAAUAAUAAUAAUACAAAUGCAUAGGAAAUAUUCUUAAGAAGCUAUUUACAUUAAAGCUAACCUAACCUUAGCAGAUAUCUAUAAUAUUUUACAGAUUGAUCAACAGAAAAAUCAGCCUAAAAAUAUAUAAAACGUAAAAGUUUGUCGGUCGUAAUAGUAACUAUGGAAAACGAUUUUAUUUUUGUUUUGGCUACAGGUCGCCGGUAAAAGAGACCCGGAACAAGAAGUGGAAGCCCAACAAUGGAUCGAAGCGGUGACCGGCGAAAAGUUUCCGGCUGGUAAUUGAAAAUAAUCAAUUCAAAUUAGUCGUAUAUUUUUUUAUUAACAACUGAAAUCCGCAAAAUCGGACGACUUACAGGUUUGCCGUUCGAGUAUGCGCUCAGGGACGGCGUGUUGUUGUGCAAACUCAUGAACAAACUGGCGCCGGGUAUCGUGCCAAAAAUCAACACGUCGGGCGGCGAUUAUAAAAUGAUGGACAAUAUCAGCCAGUAAGUACAAUAAUUAUAGUUUGUAAAAUUUCGAUUAUAUAUUAUUUCACGUCGAAAGUUUUGCCUUAAAAUUUAUUUCAACAUAAACGCGUGUUAAUGUAAUAAUUUAUAAUGUUACGACUAAAGUAAUUAUUAAACAUUGAGAUUUGCACACCUUCGUUUACUGAACCGUUUUAUCGAUUUGUACCGUUAUAAUAUUAUAAAACUUAAACAUCUGAUACGAAAGUUUAUCAAACUUUAACAACUACUUAAAAGAGGACUAUAACUUAGGGGUUAUCAAACAGAUUAAGAAGUAAGUGUAUACUUUGCUUAUGUGAAUCAUUUAGGAUUAUAUCAAACUGCAUUCGAGUGGAAAUCGGACAUAUACUUAUAGUAAAUGUAGAUACCUAUUAUAGUCUUGUAUUUACUGGUGAUUUGACCGUCAACACUAAAUAAUAAUCUGUAAUAAAUAAUAAUUUGUUUUCUUAAGAUUUCAAAAGGCCUGCAUUAAUUAUGGUGUACCGGACGUGGACCUGUUCCAGUCUGUCGACUUGUGGGAGCAGAAAAACAUUUACAGAGUCACCAUGACCGUGUUUGCCAUUGGUCGGACGGUAAGUUUGCUGAUUUCAGCGCGAUGAAGCAUAGCUGAUUGUUCACACAAAGCAUAAUGGAAUAAAUGAUAUUAUAUCAUAUUGAGUGGUUUAUUUGUUUCAAGUAUAAUACAGCUCGGCAACUUCACUUGCCUAUUUACUUAUCUUGUGUGAACCAGCUGGUAAAACUCCGUGGGCUUCUCCCCACUAUGAAUUACAUCCCACCGAAAACGACAUAUUAUCGUAAAUCCCCCCUGUCCGUUUCUUGCAGGCGUACAAACACCCGGAAUGGAGAGGUCCUUUCCUAGGACCCAGACCGUCCGAGGAGAACAAGCGGGAAUGGAGCGAGACGCAGUUGCGGGCCGGUGAAGGGGUCAUCGGGCUGCAGGCCGGCAACAACAAGGGGGCCACACAGGCCGGACAGAGUUUCGGGGCCACCCGAAAGAUAUUGCUCGGGAAAUGAGCGCUGAUAUUUGAAAUUUAUCCGAUUAUAAACUAUAUAUUAUGUAAUUAUUAUUAAAUUUUUGGUGAAAACUCAUGUUGGUCAUUUACGCCGUCAGUCUUCGUCGGUGAUGGUGGCGUAUUAUAUUGUUAUGAAUUAGCCCUGCGCGGUGAGAAUACGACGUCAUAAUAUAUAAAAUACACAUUGUGUGAUUUGCCUCGAAAAUCCUCACACGAAUUUUUUUUUUUAAACUAAAAUACACAUUUUUUUCGAUUUAUAUAAUAAUAAUAAUAUUAGAAAACCGAAAAUGUACGAUAAAAAUAUUACAUUUUAUUUAAUUUUGUUAAUAAUAACGUUUUAGUUUAAUUUACUAAUUUAAAUUUAUUUAUGUUAACAACUCAAAUAUAUCUACUAAAAUGGUCUCAGUGGUUACCUAACUAUAAAUGGGACAAUUUUUCGGAACGAUUAUUAUGUAGGAAAAAAACCAAACAUUUUGUUUUUCGUAUUGGAUCUUGAGAAAAUACUCCCGAAAAAUAUGUUCCAUAUAGUAAUUUGUAAAUAAUUAAUAAUUAUGUAGACAAUGCAUGUACAUACAGAGGCUUUGCCUGGGGACCAAUCGUCCAAGGAAGAUUUGAAAAUCUAGUGGCCCGAGACUUUUUUUUUCAGAGAUUACCUAAGACAUAAAUUUAAUUUCUAAUUGAAAAGCGGUCUUAUUUAUAUACAUUUUUUUAAACGAAAUUAUAGCCUAACCAACGUAACCAGUCCAAAAUGUUUUAAAUAUCGUUGCUAUUUGUAUGUAUGCCACGUAAUUGUCUUUUUCUUAUUGAUAUCAAAAUAAAUGUAUUUGGAUACACAGAUAACAAAUA